UUCAACAGAGAAGUUUGUAAAAUAAAUCACAGCAAUCAUGCCUGGAAAUAGAAGGUUAAGGUAAGAUUCCAGGACAAACUCAGCUCUCAAUUCUAAACACACAGAAGCAGAUGAUCCUACUUAUUACUUGAAAGUAAAUCGCACCGUGACUGAAUCCAAAUUAAGCAUGCAGAGGAUUGUAGUCAUCGCCUGAUUCUUUGCAGACAGUAAUGCUGGCAGAAAAAGCCAAGUUAGGCCACAGGCUUUAAGCUGAUGCUUUCUCCCUCUAAGGCAAAGGUUAAGGGCUAGGACAGGCAGGCUCAAGACACCAGAAAUUCCUUAUGUUCAGCAUUGUCAUAAAGUGGACUUUGCACUGCAUUGAGAGCUUGCAGUCCAAGGCAGUGCACUACCAGCGACCCACAAUCUUCCCCUUUGCCUCAGUCACUGAUUUGUCUUGGUCUGGUGCUUAUUAAGGUUCUGGGACAUGUUCUCAAUUGACAGGGCAAGCCCGCCAUUCCAGAAACAAUAUAGUGCUUCUUCCAGCACUGCAGGUAGGGGCGCUUUAAUUUCUGCUGUCUAGCUGCCUUUGUGGGAGAGCUGGCUCUGCGUAUAUUUUUGUCUCCAGGAACACCCGGCAGUCUGGCUAGCAGAACUGCUGUCUUGCAAGUUGGGGCCUGCUGUUGCCAAGAUUAAGUGCCCGAUAGGAAACGGGAAAUGUACAUUCAAUGGAGGAGGUCUUGGCGUCCACUAUAUUAAGCUUUCAAGCGGAGUAAUCAGUAGUUGCAUCCCACUGACCUCCUCCAGUCAUUUGCCCUCCAUCCGAUUAUAUGAAAGGUGGAGCAGGACCUCUGAAGUGGGGAUCCUGGGUCUGCAUCCAAGGACUCCCAACCCUGCAAAGUCAGGGUUCAAGAUUGUUCCGGGAAGCUAUGCCCAUAUAGCCAGGCUUCCUGCCUCAGACCUGCUUUAUCCCAUAUCUGUCAACCUUCCCUUUUUUUUGUGGGAAAUUCCCUUAUUCCAGCGCCGUUUCCUGCUGCUAUCCCGGAUUGUUAGAUAUCCCGUAGACUGUCCCCGGGCCAGGUGAGGCUGCUGAUCCCUUAUUUUCAAAUCUGAAAGUUGACAGCUAUGCUUUAUCCCCAGGGUGGUGCAAGUGGCAGGGAUAUUUAUGCAGUCCCCUCACUUGCCUUCCCCUUACAUCUCAUAGAAGCGCAACCCCAGCCCUUGCAGCUUCGUGAGACCUGGGCCCUGUAGCUUUAGCCUCAUCUAUAUGCAUGCAACAGGUAUGAGGUGUGCUAUUUUGGACUGCAGCUGAGGUGUGCCAUUUUGAAUGCUCCACAGCAGGGGUAGGCAACCAAAGGCCCAGGAGCCAGAUGUGACCCAGUCACCUCAAUCCGGCUUGCAGAUGGUCCGGGAAUCAGCGUGUUUUUACAUGAGUAGAAUGUGUCCUUUUCUUUAAAAUGCAUCUCUGGGUUAUUUGUGGGGCCUGCCUGGUGUUUUUACAUGAGCAGAAUGUGUGCUUUUGUUUAAAAUGCAUCUCUGGGUUAUUUGUGGGGCAUAGGAAUUGGUUCAUACUUUUUUUCAAAAUAUAGUCCGGCCCACCACAUGGUUUGAGGGACGGUGGACCGGCCCACGGCUGAAAAAGGCUGCUGACCCCUGCUUCACAGUGUGUUGUUCUUGUGGUUGGUUGUGGGGUUUUUUAAAGGCCUCCCUGCAAACAGAAAAGUAGCACACCAGGGAGAAAGAUUCUGAUCCCCACCUCUUUGCCUGUUGUGCUGCUUUUCUACUUUCAGGGAGUUUUGUAACAUAAUGCUGUAUUAUUUUACUGUUGUUAGCCACUCUGAGCCCAGCUUCGGCUGGGCAGGGCGGGAUAUAAAUAAAAUUUUAUUAUUAUUAUUAUUAUAAGUAAGCAUUCAAAAAGGAGAUUGCCACCUGCAGCCUGCGGCGUGUGUGAAUCAGGUCUGGUGACCACAGCUAUCUUUUGUCUUGAAUCUAAGCAGAUGCUCUUUGCAACCAAAAUAAAGUGCAUAACAAAUGAACUUAUUUUUUUUAAAAAAAGAAUAGUAUAAAGUGAGAAAUAUUGGGCAUGUUAACCACCUUUUAAAGCCACUUCAGCCUGGUUAAUGCUGUAAUUUGCCUAGCAACAAGUUGCCCUCUGCUGCCCCCUAGUGGAUGACGAGAAUCAGGACAUGUGCUGUCAAAACAUGUUGGUAGGUUUUUCUUUGAAAGCGGAGGGCUCAGCUAAGGUGCAAAUGCCAUUUACAAAUUAACAUUCAUAGAAUUGUCGGGGAUGGGGAAUCCUUAGCAUAAGCUGUUGCAUCUUUCUGCCGUAAUGAGAAAAGUAAUGGAACUUCUUAUUCGUCGCUACCUGUCGUAUUACUAGUGGCUGUUCCUACAACAAAUGCUUGCUUCUCUUUUGACCAGGCAAGAGCUUGACAGAUGUUGGGAGAAACUAAUUGCAUGGUGCUGAGACAAUGCUCUUCAGUGCCCUCCAGCCUUUGACAUUGAUAGGUGGAAAGCUACUAAUUGCAAAUCUUACUCCUUAACAACGGGAACAGCAGGUUGCUGCAGAAUUCAUGAAAAUCGCUUUGAACCGUGAAGGAGUAAUUUCUUUAACUCCUUCAGACCAAGAGUAGGUUAAAUGUAAAGAAACUGGAAGUAUAUACUGUAGGCCAAAACUGUAAUGUGAAUAAGGGCUGCCUUCUUCGGUGAGCCUGAGCCUUUAAAAGCUUUUUGUGAUGGGCAGAAAUUCAAUAGGGUAAGGAUUCUCUCUCGCCACCUCCUAGCAGACGCCCAGUAACGAAAAUGCAAACAGGAUGAAAGUGUCACCUGUUGAACUUCUGCCUUGUUUUCCUUUAAUUCUGCUGGUAAAAUCAUAGGAGCACUGUUAUAAAAGGGGGGGGGGAGAGAAGAAACUGGAUAACUGAAUAUGGAACACAUUUCAGAUGUGGAUUAUUAUUAUUAUGACCUUGACAGACCUUGACCUCACCUGGAGUACUGUGUCCAGUUCUGGGCACCACAGUUCAAGAAGGACACUGACAAACUGGAACGUGUCCAGAGGAGGGCAACCAAAAUGGUCAAAGGCCUGGAAACGAUGCCUUAUGAGGAACGGCUAAGGGAGCUGGGCAUGUUUAGCCUGGAGAAGAGGAGGUUAAGGGGUGAUAUGAUAGCCAUGUUCAAAUAUAUAAAAGGAUGUCACGUAGAGGAGGGAGAAAGGUUGUUUUCUGCUGCUCCAGAGAAGCGGACACGGAGCAAUGGAUCCAAACUACAAGAAAGAAGAUUCCACCUAAACAUUAGGAAGAACUUCCUGACAGUAAGAGCUGUUCGACAGUGGAAUUUGCUGCCAAGGAGUGUGGUGGAGUCUCCUUCUUUGGAGGUCUUUAAGCAGAGGCUUGACAACCAUAUGUCAGGAGUGCUCUGAUGGUGUUUCCUGCUUGGCAGGGGGUUGGACUCGAUGGCCCUUGUGGUCUCUUCCAACUCUAUGAUUCUAUAUGAUUCUAUGAUUAUUCUUAUUAUUAUUAAUUGCCCUUCACCCAAAGAUCACAGGGUGGUUUACAAUAUAAAAACACAAAAAUACGUACCAUAAUAACAAACAAAAACAAUAGUUCCCUGCCCCUCUGGUUUAAAAGGCCGUAGAUGGUUUAAUUAGCCAAAGGCCUAGGAGAAAGGGAAUGUUUCUGCCUGAUGCUUAAAGAUAUGGAAGAUAUGGGGAGAGCAUUCCAUAAGCAGGGAGUCACCACAGAAAAGUCCCCUUCUUAUGUUGUCACCCUGUGGACCUCUUGUGGGGGAGGCACAUGUAGAAGGACCUCAGAUGGUGAGGUUUUAUAUAGGAAGAGGCGGUCCUUGAGAUAUUGCAGCCCAAGCCAUUUAAGGCUUUAUAGGUCAAAAGCGGCACAUUGAAUUGGGCCUGGAAACCAAUUGGCAGCCAGUGCAGUUGGGCCGAGAUCGGUGUUAUAUGCUCAAACUGUCUUGCCCCGGUUAGCAACCUGGUCACUGAAUUCUGCACCACAUGAAGUUUCCAAACUGUCUUCAGAGGCAGAUUUCAGUCUUCAGAGGUUAGAUUAGCAUGUUGCAAUGAUAUGACCUAGAGGUGACCAGAGCAGAGACGACAGAAGCUGAUGGAAGGCACUCACUCCAUGCCUCCAAGGCUGCCUGAGCCUCAAGUAACAACAAAGGAUCCAGAAGUACAAAGGGGUUCACAGCUUGGGCGUACUUCUGAAUGACUUUAGCCUCCCUCCACACUAGGGAAUAAGGAGUGUGUGAAGAUCUACAACAUGAACAAGAGGGCAAUGAAGGUUUACAUUGGGAUCUGUUGCCCCUGUGGAUCCUGCUGCCUGAGGUCAUCGCCUCACCUUGCCUAAUGGAUGAGCCGGCCCUAAUUGUGAAAUAUGCAUGCUUUUGGUAGUGACUUCUUUUCUGACAGGGACGCGGGUGGCGCUGUGGGUUAAACCACAGAGCCUAGGACUUGCCGAUCAAAAGGUUGGCAGUUCGAAUCCCUGCGAUGGGGUGAGCUCCCGUUGCUUGGUCCCAGCUCCUGCUAACCUAGCAGUUCGAAAGCACGCCAAAAAGUGCAAGUAGAUAAAUAGGUACCGCUCUGGCGGGAAGGUAAACGGCGUUUCUGUGUGCUGCUCUGGUUUGCCAGAAGCGACUUUGUCAUGCUGGCCACAUGACCCGGAAACUACGCCGGCUCCCUCGGCCAAUAAAGCGAGAGUCGGUCACGACUGGACCUAAUGGUCAGGGGUUCCUUUACCUUUACCUUUCUUUUCUGACAUAGGAUCAAGAACAUAUACAACCCACCUAAAUUCACAGGUAGGGAAAAACCAUGAGCCAAUGGUGGAAAAUAUGUAGAAAAUCAUGGGUUCAGUCUCCAGCUACUUGAGGGAGGGCUGGGGAAAAUCCCUCACAGGAACCCUGGAGAGAUACAAUGCACCAGCAGCUGGAAAAAAUCAGUGGCCUGGCUCAGUAUAAGGCAGUCUCUUAUGUCCACAUAGCUCAGAAACUAAAGUAAGUCUCAUGUUUUAUUUUAUGAACGCAUCAUCAACUUGCAUUCAAUUAAUAUUCCAUGAACUUUGUGCAUUUUGGGUUGAGGUAGAUGAUGUAGGCAUUGAUCCAGGCAAUAAAUAGAAAUUUAGAGACUGGUCUUGCUCAGCAAAUGCAAAAUAUCUGGUGGAAGAUAUGAGAAGGUUUUCUUUGGGGUUUUUGGUUUUAUUUCCUCCCUCUAGUUUCACAAUUAAUAAUCUCAGAGUUAGUUUUUCUUCUUUUUCUGCUAGGGCAUUUCAGUAAGAUGCGGUGGAACAAAAAGAAGCAGUGUGAGCUAGCACAGAGCAAAGAAAGGUACGUCCAAAUUUUCAGUGCAUUUCCAGAUCAGUGUAAACUAUUGCAAUCAGCGUACUAUUAAAAGCACGGUUUUAAAGAUCGGAUAAACAUAUAAACUAGGAUUAAACAUCAAGGUCCAUGAAGAGUCUGCAUUUUGAAGAUGUCAUCAUGCUUAGAUGGAUGUGGUACUGUAGCUUGAGAAGUCAUAAUCUUCAAAUUUAGAAUCUACUCUUGGGAGAGGGAGAACAUGAAAAGGUAAGAUAUGGGAUGUAUGAAGUUGAAUAAGUGAUGUAUUCCAACUCUUGGGAUUUAUAAAUUUGCUAUGGUAUAGAACUGUUUUCUAAUCUCUUGUCAUGACAUCGCUUUCACUCAGUUUAAUUUAGCAUGAUGAACACUUAUACACUACUGGUUGUUGUUGCUGUUGUUUUAAUUUAAUUGUGCUAUUCUCAACACUUUCUAGUAGAAGAGAAAAAUGAUGUGCUAUUUGGGGAAGUUAGCAUACCCACCUCCUAGUUUCAGAUUACAUGCUAUUCAUCAGGGUAGUAGAGAGUAUUGCCAGACACCUCUCCAUUUCUCACACUGACUAUUGUUAAUAAACCAGGGAUGGGAAGAAGAGAAUGCAGGAUCUCUGGGUGAUUUGCUGGAGAUGGGCAAGCCAAUCAGGAUAAACGUUCAUUGUCGUAUAACCUCCCCGCAAACCAAUCAGAACAAAUGCUCAAUAAAUAUCAGUUUAAAAGAUUCAGUUGUUCAGUGGAAACAGAAAGUAUGGAUGCUGAACCUUUCUGAAAAAUUAAAUAAGGAAGUCAAGUGAUGAGCUUCGUGGCUCAGAGAUAUUUUUCGUUUAAAAUCCUCUUAAAAGUUCAUCACAUUUUAGGGCAAAUUUCUCCUCAUAAACACAUUUUUAAUAUACAGUUUUGGCUAAUGUACACAUUUUUGCAAACUGUCCCCCCCCCCCAAAUCUUCAUUUUUAGGCAAACUUCCCCUAAUAUAUGCCAUUUUGUAAACAGCGUUUGGUUGGAGAAUGGCACUGUAAAAUUCGGAUAGGUGCAAAUUUCAAAGGAUUAGUUCCUUCAGAAAGUAUGGACUGGAAAAAGUCAGCUUCAAAUGCAUCCUGAAUAAAAUUUCUCCAUCCCUAGUGCUGAGUUAGGUUUUGAACACUGGUCUUCUAGAUUCUACUCCAGCAAUGUAACCAAUGACACCACAGUGGCUCAAAACUCCAGUGCAUUUAGAUUAUAAUCCUGUUCAUGUAAAUAAUAAUAAUAAUAAUAAUAAUAAUAAUAAUAUAUUAUUUAUACCCCGCCCAUCUGGCUGGGUUUUCCCAUCAGACUAAAUAGCUGGAAAUAUAUUGUUAUAAUACAGUUAUAAAUGUAUCGCUUGUUUAUUUCCAGGGCAAGAACUACACUUGGCUAUUAUGAAUGUGUCCACGACUGAAACUCAAGCAAACAAAUCAGAUUUAAUACAAACGCUAGUAGUUGUAAAAGGAAGCCUUUAUUUGGCUAACUUCAUAUUCAUAACUGCAUUGAAUAUAUUAAUAAUCAAGACUGUGAGGCAAAACUCUAAAAUGAUGAAGGAAGUGAGAUACUUCCUCCUGUGCCAUCAUCUUCUCUGUUGCUCUUUAUUCUGUUGCUCUGGCAUGGUGUCCAAUGUGAUACAAACAUUUAAAGUGCAACAAUUCUGGAUCUGGAUCGCCUUUGGAUUACAAACAGCAGUUGCAGAAGCAGUGCUGGUAACGCUGGCUUUGAUGGCAAUUAACACUUGCUUAGCAGUUUACUGGCCUUUGAGAUACCUGGUCUUUGUACACUUGGUGAAACGCAAAGCCAUAGCUUGUGUUUGGGUCGGAACACUCCUCAAAUCUGCAUGCUUGAUCAUUGUGGAACGUACAGAAGGAGAUCCAAGGGACAUAUAUGAAGCAGAGCCCUCUUGCCCAACUAUCCUGGGUAGUGAUUUUGCCAAAAUAACCGGAAGUAUUCUCAUUUUCCUUCUUGCAGCCGUCAUGGCAACUGCUUAUUUUCUCCUGUGGAGAGAAGGAAAGCUCAGCGGUCAUUUUAACUGUUCAAAUAAGAAGGCCAGAAAAACAGUCAUUAUUCAUGGUGUACAAAUGACCUUCCAUAUUCUUCCACCCUUAAUCUUUACAGCCAUCGGAAAUGGAUCAGAACAUGUUCUGAUAAAAUUUGGAGCUUUUGUUGUUUUCUUAUUUGCACAAAGCUUCAGCCCUGUGGUUUAUGGGCUGCGGAACAAAGAACUUCUGGACAAGAUAUGUAUCAGACGAGGAAGAAAUCAAUACAGUAACUACUUGGUAAAGUACAACAAUUACCCACCCCAACUUCAGAUGGUAGAAGGUUCAGCAAAUGGGUGGACCGUUUCUCAGUGUAGUGCAAAAGCACUUUCAAGUCAGCAUUAGCCUUCAUUAAACCAUAUCACACAUCAAGGGAUAAUUCAACGCACACAACUGCAUAUACCAACCUAUUAUUUUUAAAACCAGAUUUUCAGCCCCAAAGCUAGAAGCCUUGAGUGCUAUAUUUUUGCUUUAAAGUUUAAUGGGUAACUCGUGGAAAAGACACAGCACAAGAAGUAAAGGAAACCAUGGAAAAGAGAGACGGCAAGGCACUGCCAGACAGGCUACUAGAAAUGGUACACUCUGGAAUCUCUAGUACAGUCGUACCUUGGAAGUUGAACGGAAUCCAUUCCGGAAGUCCGUUUGUCUUCCCAAAUGUUCGGAAACCAAAGCGUGGCUUCUUGAUUGGCUGCAGGAAGUUCCUGCAGCCAAUUGGAAGCCACAGAAGCCCCAUCGGACGUUCGGCUUCCAAAAGAACGUUCAAAAACCAUAACACACACUCUGAGGUUUGUGGAAGGAGAGGAUGCAGUAGAAGACACUUCCUCAUCAUAAUCCCAAUAGUUGCCCACCAGGGUAGUAUUAAUGCUGCUUUGUAUCUCUUUCCCUUGGCAGCCUGUAACCCCACCUGAGCACUAACAGGUUUGAAAAUCAGCAUGUUCAUGAAAAUUUCAGCAGUUCAGCCAAUGGCAUAGGAACAAAUUUCCAAAACAUCAAGUCAGGUUUUUUGUAGCUAAGGAGCUUCCAAAGGAUGCAGCCAGCACAUACUACAGCUUCCGCCACCUUUUGACAGAUUUUCUACAUAUCCUCUGUGCAUUGAUUUGAUAUUUCAUAUAUAUUUAUUAACCAUGAUAAACUAUGAGAGUUAUUCAGAGGCUUGCUUUGGUGCUAGUAUGAUUCAGAUGUGUGAAACAUUCUUUAAAAUGUUUUAGGGCCUGGUUAAAAAUGGAAUGCAGCUAGUUUUGCCCCAGCCUGAUGAUCACUGACUUGUGAUAAUGCAGAAAUAAGUUUUUUCACUGGCAGCACUGGUGUUGUGAAAUGCACUCAAUGCUGAAAUGCAACAGGUCCCUUCUUUACUGGUAUUCUGCUCGCUUUUGAAGACACACCUGCUUGCACAGGCAGUCCCUGAUUUCUUCACCUCAGUCUCCUGUAUUAAUGGCAGCAAUGUUUUAAUCAGAUUGUUCUAUUGUGUGUUUUAAUUAUAGAUGUUUAUAUUUUAAUAGGACUGUUUCACUGUGCAUUUUAAUCAUGGGUUUUGAUACCAUAAAGUUUGUGCAACUGGUUUUUACAUUUUGCGAGGUCAUUUUGCAUUCUGCAAGAGGGUUUCUCCUUCAGGGGCCAAAGGCACCAGAAGCCCACUCCCCAGUAACUCAGAGCAGUCUUUCAGUGUGGCUGCCCCUCAUUUACUUUUCAGAAACAAUUUAAGACCUGUUUUUUCAACAAGCUUUUCCAGCUACAUGAAAAAAAAUCUGUUUUAGAUAAUUUUGUACUGUUUCGAAGUCUAUAUUUAGUAGUUUUCUGUUGUUUUUAUUGUAUAUUUGUAAAUUGCCUUGAG